GCAGUUGGCGCAUGCGCACUUCUGCGUCUAAUGUUUAUUUUGAAGUUAGUUUACCGCGAAACCAGAAUGAUGUUGAUAAGCGCUUCCGACAAUUCUUUGUUGUACCAAAGGCCGGCACCGGUAUUUUCAGCUGGCGAACGGCCACUUUCGACGAAAAAAUCUCGUGGUUCUCCAAAGUUUGCUCCACCUCCUAGGGCACCAGUGAAGAGUUGUCCAGUCACAAGAAUAUUUUCAAGAAUUGAUACAGAACGUGAUCGUCCUCAGCCAGUCUCUUUUAGAGAAGAUUCUGAUACAUCUCUUUUAUAGCUCCACAGUCCUGUUUAUAGUGCUGAAAAACCAGCAUUGUACUUUGAACAGUGUUAUAAUGAAGAAAGGCUUGGUGUUGGAUCAUUUGGUGAGGUCUUUAAAGUUAGGAGUAAAGAAGAUGGAAUGUAUGCCUGCAAGAGAACACUUCUUCGGUUUCGAGGUGAAGGAGACAGACGGAGAAGAAUGGAGGAAGUUCAGAAACAUGAAAAGUUACCUAAACACAAGAAUUGUGUUGAAUUUUAUCGAGCAUGGGAGGAGAGACAGCAUCUUUAUCUCUUAACAGAAGUUUGUUGCAUGUCCUUAGCAGAUGUUGCCAAUGAUCGUCAUGAUAUCCCAGAAUCUUUAAUUUGGGAUUAUUUAGUUGACUUAUUGCAGGGUGUACAGCAUUUACACAAGCAUCAGUUGGUUCACAUGGACAUCAAACCUGAAAAUAUAUUUUUUGGAUUUGAUGGGCUCUGUAAAUUAGGAGACUUUGGGCUAGUUAUCGAUAUGUCACAGAGAGAGAGGGAAGAAAUAGAAGGUGAUCCGAAGUAUCUGGCUCCAGAGAUUCUAGAUCUAGAUUUUGGACCACCAGCUGACAUUUUUAGUUUGGGCAUGACCAUUCUGGAAUUGGCCACAGACCUUGAUCUUCCAAAACAUGGUGAUGCUUGGCAAAAACUGAGACAGGGAGAAAUGCCACCUGCUGCUGCAUGCUUGUCCAGCGAGCUGCAGUUUGUACUGAAGGGGCUGCUUAAUCCCAACCCAAAGGAAAGGUUGACUGCAGAACAAUCACUUGCCUUGCCUUGUAUCAGUCGUUGUACUUUCUUCAAAAGAUUUAGAGAUUUUUUCCUACUACUGGUAAUGAAGGCCAGAUUAGUGAUGAUGCAGACUUGGUUGUACAUUUCUGUAAUGCUUAUGUUCCUUACACGUCCCUUCUUAAGUGUCUGCCAGAGAACUAGCUCUGGUAGCUUGCCUGAUAAUUCAAAGAUAACAGAGUCAGAUUUUGCAAGUGGUUAUUCAGAUGAUGAGGGCUUAGAUGAUCACAGCCUUGCUCAUCCCUUGAGUGACAUAUCUACUUCAAGCAGUGAAGUAAAUCACUAUCAUGGGCACCCUUUUGGAAAUUCUACCCCAAUUGGCCACCAUUUCAAACUGCGCAAUGAAGCCAUCAGAACAUCUCCCAUAAUUAGAAAUAGCUUUAAUUCAAGUCCAAGAGUGGCUGACACACCGUCAUUUCUUAGGCGACGAGGAUUUCAUCAAACUGAAAAGCACUUUGAUUUAAAAAAUGACAGUGGAAGUAUUGCCUCGUCAUUCAGUGAUUCUCCCAGUCCUAAAAGGGAGGCAGUCGUUGAUGAGGAUCCUUUCCCACCCAUGAAUUUAACUUCAAGAAACUUGAUAGAUUUGUUCAAUGCAGCAGAAUCUGAUGAAGACUGAAUAGCUUGCAUAGUGAUCUCUCAUAUGCUAGUUAGUGAAAUAGUUUACAAAGUAGUUAAACAAAAGUCUAGACCAAUUUUGGAGCACAAUGUGUGUAAAGUCUUGUACAUGUAAUAGUUUUGAAUAUGCAGCGUGUAGUUGCCAUGAACUUUGGCUUGUUAAUAUUUCUUACAUGAAAGUCAUGGGUAUUAAAGUUAUGAAAAAUGUUUGUUUUACAUUUGUUGUACAAAACAUUUUCAUCAUACAUUUUAAGUAGAGUAUUUUAUACUAAAUUGGCUAACAAUGGAAGUAAUUUUUUGUUUAUAAAUCAGUUGCAGUGCAUUUAGUGGCUGAAAUUCUUAAUGAUUAUAUUGGUAUUGAUAUACAAUACAUUGUACUUUUCUACCUAAGUUUACUUUGAUUGGUAUUAAUAUACAAUCCAGUGUACUUUUCUACCUAAGUUUACCAAAAAAAUGCCAUGUUCCUCAGUACGUGUCUUGAUAAUUGAUUAUUUUGUGUAUAAUUAGUGUUUAACUGUAUAUAGCAGCACAAUACAUAAGUUACUUGUCAUUCAUUCUUGAGAUUUUUACAUUCAUCAUUAUAUAAAAUGAGCUUUUCAGCUUUGCAUGAUUUAUAUCUGAAAUGAAACUGCAAAGCAAAUUUCUCUCUCUCUCUCUCUCCGAUCUGUUAAUAAUAGUAAAAGUUAUUAUACAAUUAGAAUAUUUUUGACAGUUUAACUAGAUGCCAAACUUUAGCAUCACAACUCAAAGGGUAAGCACUUUUAAAGAGAAAUUGCAAUUUUUUUUUUCCACUUCCAUUAUAAUAUGGGUGAAGCUACUUCUGGAACUAAUGCUUUAGUACUUGGGUAACAGUAAAAAUUUGUGCAAUACAUGAAAGCAAUACACAAGGAAUUGUCAAGUCAUAAGUAAUUUUUAAAAUAUUAGUUUGCUACAAGAAAACUUCAAUUGCAGGACAUGUGCCCCCCCCCCCCCCCCCCCCCCCCCCCC